AUGCCAUGCGCCGUGCCCGAGGAUCGACUGCCGUUACGUUCUCGUCCGUCACCGCGCGGCAAGACGCCGGCGAACCUGCCAUACCAGCACACCGUCGAAUGGCCGACACGGAAGGAUCGGGGGAAAGAGCCCUCCCCGCGCCUGCUGGCCAAGACCUUCCAUUGUCGGACGAGCGACCGAGGGAGAGAGAAGGCAGCAGGGUUGGCUGGCCCGAGGUUCGUGACGCUGGCGCUGACCGUGCUCCUGGCGGCGGCCGUGGCGGCUCCCCCGGCGGCGGUGCGCGCGGCCAUGUCGUGCAGCACCGUGUACAACACCGUGAUGCCGUGCCUGCCGUUCGUGCAGAUGGGCGGCGCGAUGCCCCCGCAGCCGUGCUGCGGCGGCAUCCGCAGCCUGCUGGCGCAGGCCAACAACACCCCCGACCGCCGCACCAUCUGCGGCUGCCUCAAGAACGUCGCCAACGGCGCCUCCGGCGGGCCCUACGUCACCCGCGCCGCCUCGCUGCCCAGCAAGUGCGGCGUCUCCCUGCCCUACAAGAUCAGCACCGACGUCAACUGCAACACGAUUAACUGAGGCGUCCCGGGCGAGGAAAAGGAAAUGCAUGGCGGAGAAUAAAUAAAAAAAGAUGCUGCAAGUAUUUAAGAAGCUGGAAUGAACUAGUAGAUCGAGGUGUGGUUGUCUGUAGCUAGUCGUCGUCUUUGAUGGUGUUUAGGAAUCGUCUGAAGUUCCUCUUGGUGGGUCGUGGAUGGUCCCGCGAGCAGAGUGGUCAUGAACCUAUGUGUGUGUGGGUGUGCUUCUGUGUACCGUGGCUAUGUAUUUCCUCGAGUCAAAGUACCUAUAUUAUUGCAGUUUCAUC